AUGCGAUCUUUUACAACAGUAAUAUAUGUUACUGUUGUUUGUUGCUUUCUUUUACCGCUCAGUGAACAACAAUAUACACCAGAUUGGAAUUCAUUAGAUUCACGCCCACUACCUGCAUGGUAUGAUGAAAGCAAAAUCGGUAUCUUUAUUCAUUGGGGUGUCUUCAGUGUUCCAUCAAUCGUAUCCGAAUGGAUGUGGUGGGAUUGGAAAGGAGACAAUCCAAAUCCAGAACUUGUCGCUUUUAUGAAUAGAAAUUAUCCACCCGAUUGGACAUAUGCAGACUUUGCUGCACAAUUUCAUGCAGAAUUUUACGAUCCUAAUGAAUGGGCUGAUAUAUUUGCUGCAUCUGGUGCAAAAUAUAUCGUUCUCACAAGCAAGCAUCAUGAAGGUUUUACUUUAUGGCCAUCAAAAUAUUCAUUCAAUUGGAAUGCUAUGGAUGUUGGUCCAAAACGAGAUUUACUUGGCGAUCUAGCUAAUGCUAUUCGCAAUCGAACUGAUCUUGUUUUUGGUCUCUAUCAUUCAAUGUAUGAAUGGUUUCAUCCAUUGUAUUUAGAAGAUAAAAAGAAUGGUUUUCAAACACAAUUGUUUCCGAACACGAAAACAUUACCUGAAUUGAAAGAAAUCGUUGAAAAUUAUAAACCUUCAGUUAUAUGGUCUGAUGG